GUGAAAGAGGUUUAAACGGCGUUAUAUCAAUGCAAACAGUUGUUGUCGUUAAUCUGUUCCCCAAUGUGGUAUCAGGAUGUGUUUCUCCCUGUAGCGUUGUGGCAGUAAAGGGCUGAGUCCUGCUGCUUAGGUUUCUGCUCCCUCCCCUCCUCUCUGCCGUAUUCCCCAUGUCAUUUCCCCGGCCCGGGACACAGGAAGCAGCGGCAUACUUUAGUGGAAGCUCCGAGCAAGAGGCUGCACCUCCAGUCCGGGAUGUGGCAAACAUGGCUAUUUGUCAUUGCACUCGUUUCCAUUCAGCCAUGCUGUAUGUCUGGAAGGUUUACUUUUCUCCGUCAAAUGUUUAAUGGUGUCAAAGUUUCUACACCCUCAGUGGCAGACCCUGGGAAACCCCUCUUUCUCACUCCUUACCUGGAACGUGGAGAAAUUGAGAAAGCUCGAGAGUUGAGUUUAGUGGGUCCACUAGAAGGCCCAGUUGUGAAGAGCUACUCUGGAUUUUUGACAGUGAAUAAGAUCUACAACAGCAACCUUUUCUUCUGGCUUUUCCCUGCACAGACACUUCCACAGACUGCCCCUGUAUUGCUCUGGCUUCAAGGUGGCCCUGGAGGCUCAUCAUUGUUUGGGCUAUUUGUUGAGCAUGGGCCAUAUGUUGUCACUAAAAAUCUUACAUUGGAAGCACGAAAAGUACCAUGGACGUCGAAGUAUUCAGUGCUGUAUAUCGACAAUCCCGUUGGCACUGGCUUCAGCUUUACUAACCACGAUGAAGGCUAUGCAGAAAAUGAAGAUGAUGUAGGAAGGGACCUGUACAGUGCCCUAAUCCAGUUCUUUCAGAUAUUCUAUGAAUAUCAGCAGAAUGAUUUCUAUGCUACAGGAGAGUCCUAUGCAGGGAAGUAUGUUCCUGCAAUUGGUUACUAUAUCCAUGUCCACAAUCCUAUUGCCAAAGUAAAAAUCAACUUCAAGGGAAUGGCUAUUGGCGAUGGACUAAGUGAUCCCGAAGUAAUGUUAGGUGGUUAUGCAGAGUUCAUGUACCAGAUUGGGAUCAUCGAUGAGAAACAAAAGCAGUACGUCCAGCAGCAGACAGACACAGGAGUGCGUUACAUCCAGCAGAAGAAAUGGAGGGAAGCCUUUGAAGUGUUUGAUACUUUGUUGAAUGGUGAUACAACUGAAUAUCCAUCCUUCUACAAGAAUGUCACAGGAUGUACCAACUAUUAUAAUUUUCUUCAGUGCACAGAGCCCUUGGAUCAAAGCUACUAUGGUGACUAUUUAUCACUGCCUGAAGUGAGAAACUCUAUUCAUGUGGGAAAUCUGACCUUCCAUGAUGGAUCAGAAGUGGAGAAACAUCUUUUGAAGGAUAUUAUGCAAUCAGUGAAGCCAUGGGUAGCCAUAUUAAUGAAUAAUUAUAGGGUAUUGAUGUAUAGCGGUCAACUUGAUGUAAUUGUGGCAGCUCCUUUAACUGAACGCUUUCUGCUCACUGUGCCAUGGUCCAAAGCUGAAGAAUUCAAAAACGCAAAGAGAAACUUUUGGUUUGUCAAUCCCAAUGACACUGAAGUGGCUGGCUACGUUCGAAAUGUUGGUGAUUUUUAUCAGGUAAUUAUACGAGGUGGAGGACACAUCUUACCAUAUGAUCAACCUGAAAGGGCAUUUGACAUGAUUGACCGUUUCAUCUCCAGAAAAGGACAAUUCCUUUGAUUUGUAUUGUGGAAUUAAAUCUCUCUCAUUUUUAAUUUUAUGAUAUCACAUUAAUUAAAUGAGAAAUCAAAGUAUAAGAGUAUGCAGGAUUUUACUUUCAUCCCUCCAUUUUAAGUUGGUGCCAGGAGCAGGGACUGGACUAAGGUCAUUGACUUGGAACAUUAACUUUGCUUCUCUCACCACAGCAUGGGCUCUCUAGCACAGAUCAACUGGUUAAUUUUCCAUUUGGUCUCCAAUUUCUCAGAGGUGGGGACAAUCUCCAGGGGGAUCACGCAGAGGUUGGUGGUAUGGGGUGGGAAAUAAUGAAAAAGUCAAAUUUUAACUUACAGUUCUACAGCUGCCAUGGCAUCCUGACUGAUUCUGCAGUUUAGAGAGCCCAUAUGUGUGUUGCUGAGUACUUUCAGCACUUUUUGCUUUUAUUUUAGGUUUCCAGUUUUCACUUCAGAUUUUCAUUUUCUGCGGUAUUUUGCUUUUGUGAAAGUAUUAAAAAGUUGUGAUUUGAUAUUUUUAAUAAGUUCUUGCAAAACUCAAAUAUGAACUGAAAUAAAUUCUUUGAUAUUGUUGAU